UGAAAAUGUUUAUGUCUGCGCGGCCAUUGUGAGGGCUCGUACGAUUAAAGGAAUUGCGAUGGGUUUAUCUGACGAGGGAGAAGAAAGUGUCUUACAGAGAUACGAAGAAUUAUGUUUAGACUUGAACAUGGACAAAAAUGCCAAAGAGGAUGCUUGGCAGUCGUAUCAGAGAAUACGGACAAACUUCACACUCGAGGGAGAUCAGAUGCACUGGCUUGCAUGUGCUCUGUACGAGUCGUGUCGGCGAAGUGUCGUGCCCACAGUAGGUCGAGGUCAAGUGGAAGGCAAUUGUGUUUCUCUCACUCGUCUUCUUCGAUCGGCAAGAUUCAGUCUUAUCCAGUUCUUCAGCAAAAUGAAAAAAUGGUCUGACAUGGCAAAUUUACCACAGGAGUUCCGAGAUAAAGUUGACAAGCUAGAGAGAAACUUUGCAGUUUCCACAGUGAUAUUCAAAAAGUUCGAACCAAUAUUUCUGGACAUUUUUCAAAACCCCCUAGAAACCAACAAACAACAGCGGAGUAGGAAACAGAGACCAUGCAGGAGUAACAGGCAGCAGUUAACUUUAUCCAACAGUGACAGGAGACUUCCCUGCUCUUCAAAUGAUGUUUUCAACUUUGCCUGGACAAUGUUUGUUCAAGUGAAAGGACAUUUCCCUGCAAUCAGUGAUGAUCUGGUGAAUUCGUACCACUUGCUGUUGUGCUGUGUAGACUGGUUCUAUGCAAACGCUCUGCUUGGUGCCCGCAAAGAUCUGCUCAAUUCGGGUUUCUCGGGCCUACCGAGUGGCUAUCAUUCGAGAGACUGGAGGCCGCCUGCUGAACCCCCGUGUGUUAUUAAACUGCUUUGUGAGAAACAUGAUGGACUGGUCGUCGAGGCGAAGACUAUCAAAGAACACUGGUGGAAACCACACAUAAAGAAACUCUUCGACCGCAAAAUUUUAAAGGGAAAAGUUGAAACUUUGUCAGCAAUGCUGGAAAUAGGAAACUUUGAAGUGAAUAGCAAAGUUAUGAAUAGCCGGUAUGAGGAGUAUGUACUGAGUGUUGGUGAUUUCGAUGAGCGAAUCUUCCUGGGCGAAGAUGCAGAAGACGAAAUCGGUACGCCAGGGAAAGCUAGUGCCGACCUGGCUGAGGAGAUGGAAAUGAAGAAAAAGUCUCUAAAAGAUCACUUUGAGGAGACAAGGACCCUGGCUCCAUCAACUCCGUUGACGGGGCGGCGCUAUCUAAAGGAAAAAGACCCAAGUAUUACUCCCGUUUCCACAGCAACGCAGAGUGUGAGCCGUCUGCAAGCAUUACUUUCUGGAAGGAAGACUUCACCAAGUGAUGCACUUAUUGAGAUUUUUAAAGAUUGCAGCCACAAUCCAAAUGAUGAAAUUGUCAGUCGCAUUAAAGAGAUGGGCAACACGUUUUGUGACCACUAUAUUCAGCCGUCUGAUGGACAUCCUGGUGCUCACAUCGACUUCGCCAAGCGUCGGUUGCAGCUUGGAGAAAGCCUGUAUUACAAAUUGCUGGAAAGCAUAGUCUUAGAUGAAAGUCGACGUACGUCCAAGGAUCAGAAAGUUGACCUCUCUGCUCUUCUUGGCCGGGAUGUCUUCCACCGAUCGUUGUUUGCGUGCUGUCUUGAAAUUGUCAUAUUCUCUUACAAUUCUCAAAGAACGUUUCCGUGGAUUCUUGAUGUGUUUGAGCUGAGUGCCUACCACCUCUAUAAGGUGUUUGAAAUUGUGAUUCGUGCAGAAGAAAGUCUGUCACGUGAUGUCGUUAAACAUCUCAACCAUAUUGAAGAGUCUAUUCUGGAAAGUCUGGCAUGGAAAAGUGAUUCUGCUUUGUGGGACGCUGUUCGAGACGAAAACGGAAACAUUCCUUCUUGUGAAGAUGUUACCCCUCCCAGCCAAGUGGACAAUAAUAGCAACGUGACAUCAUCUCCCAUGAUUCACCCACGAGUUCGCAGCCUGGUGGGAGAAGACAAGCAAGCUCAGCAGAAAAAUACUAAAAUUGUCGACCCACUUCACUCCCCAACUGCUCCAUCAGCGUCUGAGAGAUUCAGUUCCCCGCAGCCCGGAACGGUGAAACGUCAGCUGUUUGGCCCGAAAAAUUCUGGCACAAUGUCGACACCCAAGUCUGUAUUGGAGAAACAGCUCAGUUCGGGCUUGUCCGAUAGUGUGACGGUGUCCACUCCGGCUAUUUCUACGGGUCAGACGAUCAUAGCUGUCACCAGUGAUGGACGACAGGUCUUGAUUCCUGUUCAGACUUUACUCGCGUCGCCCAGCAAGUCUGAAGACAAAUCAACGCCCACGUCUAAUGCAGCGACGUCACCCAAGAACAACAAGCCCAAGAAAACAGGAUCUUUGUCAUUAUUUUUCAGAAAGGUCUACCAGUUGGUGAGCGUCCGUCUACGUGAUCUCUGUGACCGACUAGAGGUUGGCGACGAAGGCUUGCAGAAGAAAAUGUGGACGUGCUUCGAGUACGUUCUCAUGCACAACAUCGACCUGAUGAUGGACCGCCAUCUUGACCAGAUUGUAAUGUGCUCCAUCUACGUCAUGGCAAAGGUCACGGAUCACCCACUAACAUUCCAGAACAUCAUGAAGUGCUAUCGCAUCCAGCCCCAGGCAGUUAGCCAUGUUUAUCGCAGUGUGUUGUUGAAUGGGCGUCGACGUCACACCUCUGGAAGCAGUGAGAGCAGUAAAAGUGCGACCAGUGGAUCCUCGUCUCCCGUUAACACGGAGAAAGAGGACACGAAGGAAAAGAGGCGUGCCGAGAAUUUGAUAUAUAUUCGGUCCACCAGUACUUUGCCAGUCCCAAACCCAAACAGUCAGCCUCCUACACCAACGAAGCUAACAGGAAUGGGGUCAACGUUUGACCUGGGCGAGGAGAGAGGUGACCUCAUAGAAUUCUAUAACACAGUGUUCGUAAAGAGAAUUAAAGAUUUUGCUCUGAAGUUUUCUUCUCAGAAUCAGACGGCAGGGAGUGCACCACCAUUGUCUCUCCUGCCACUGGUGAGAAACCAGCCAUCGUCUCCAAGACGAGUGUCGAGCAAAUACUCUGUGUACAUAUCUCCGCACAACAUCCACAUGAACAAGCCCACACAGCCAAAAGGCAUCUCGUACUGUAUUAAUAGGAGUCCAGCCAAGGAACUACGUGCAAUAAAUAACAUGAUUCGCAUGGGCGAGCGCAAACUGAGCGGCAAGCGGCAGCUGGAGGUCAACAUGGAUGAGGACUCGGUGGACAGCCCGAACAAGCGCAUGUGUGGCAGCCACUUCAUGCGCCGCCUCCAGGACAUCAACUCCGAGAGGCAGGAAGUUAACGGGGCAGCCAAAUGAUGCAUUAUUGAUUAAUGUUCGUGUAUAUGGGUGUGUGUGUGUGUGAGCGAGUGUGUGAGUGACAAAGCCUAGUCCUGUGAGAGUUAAGGGACUCUCCUAAGUUUGCUGAUGUUGUAACGUGUUUCCAGCUUACAGAACCUGUUUAAUUACUAAAACUACAUAUGAAAGCCGCAGACACUAGUUUCGGCCUGUGAAAAUGGAUUCCGAGUUCGGUUAAUCUCAUAAGCAUAUGAGACGGGGGCUGGAGAAAAACCUCAAAUUCGGGCAAAAAUUUGACAUUUGGGCAAAAUGUGCUAACCUGAGACCCGUUUACCACAUAUUUCCAUCAUUCUACCCUCAAAAUUAGUUGUAAUCCAUGUAAAAAUACAUAGUAAUUUGUUUGCAACCCUAUAUAGCUGUUUGGUAGUAAUUCUAAUAUGAAGAAAUGUUGUUAUCCAAAUUCCAACAUUUUCUAUACAAACUUGUGAUGCAUCUGUAUAACUUACAAUAAAAUAAAACGAGUGUGAUGUUGAAACGAACAAAUACCUUCUAAAAUAGACCAAAGGGUUUUUCACUUCAAAUACAUUUUUUGUUUGUUUAGAAUAUCUGUGUGUGUAUAAUAUAGUGUGCUUCUAGCCAUCCUAAUGUUUGUAGUAGUCCAACCUGGAUUUUACAUCCAAAUAAUUUUAUAUGUAUGAAAA